AAAGCUCUGUGGCCUUCUUUCUCCCCAUGGUUUCCCAUCAUCUCCCCCUGCCUGCCCGCCUGCCUGCAUCUCUGCAGCCUGCAGCAUUUUACUCGAACGGGAACCCGUGACAUUGCUUCUCUCUCGCAGUCUCUUCAUUCCUAUCCGGACCUCUGGGCCUCGUGCCGCACUCGUCGUACUUCUCGUGUAGCUGACACAUUUCGUGCACACUCUUCCAAUCUUCGUCACUAGCAUCGACCUCCCUCGCUGUGAGAAUCCAUAAUUCGGACCUGUACGUAAUCGCCGCUGAUCUCCGAGAAUAAAUUGCGUUCCCACGUCUCGUCACUGUCCGAUAUAUCGUCGAAGCUCACACAGCGCGGCUCUGUGCGUGCUAGAUAGCUCGUCGUCAGUCAGUCGACUGACUGGGCGGUCAGUGAGGGCAGUGCAGUGCAGGACGAGACAAACAUUCGAAACUAGCAGCGCCGAAGCGAUUCUGCGAGAAGUUUUUCAGGGACGUGAACCUUGACACCAUGCCGGAACUCGGGGAGCGCUUUACGACCUCCAUGCAUGGGUUGAGUCCGCUGAGCGUGAACAUACACAAGCGCAUCAGUCUGGACACUAAAGAUAAAAUCUGCGCAAAUCUUACGUGGAAGGAUCUGAAAGUCGUGGUGAACGGCAAUCAGACCGUGCUCCAAGGAGUCUCAGGUUAUGCCGAUGACCAGAAGCUUGUGGCCAUUAUGGGCCCUUCUGGUUCCGGAAAGUCCACAUUGUUGGACACUCUCGCUGGUCGUCUCACGAAGCAGGCUCAGUAUGAAGGAGAGAUCAUGCUGAACGGCCGCAAGGAGCAGCUCUCGUUCGGUACAGCGGCGUACGUCGCACAAGACGACGUUCUUCUGGGAACUUUGACGGUGCUAGAGAUCCUGCACUAUUCUGCGCAGCUGAGGUUCCACAAAUCGAUCGAAGAGCAAGAGAGAAAAGAUCUUAUCAAAGCGGCCGCAACAGACGUCGGUCUUUUGGAUUGUCUGCACACCAUCAUUGGCAACUGGCACAAAAGGGGCCUGAGCGGUGGGGAGAAGAGGCGUGUGAGCAUCGCCAUUGAGCUGCUGAAACGCCCUCGUUUGCUCUUCCUCGACGAGCCCACAUCCGGGCUGGACAGUGCUUCGGCCUACCACGUUGUCCAGACACUGAAGAAUCUCACCAAAGAGAGACGUACGGUCGUUUGCUCAAUUCAUCAGCCCAGCAGUGAUGUCUUCGAGCUCUUCGACGCACUUUGUCUGCUCUCCGGGGGCAAGCAGGUGUUCUUCGGGCCCUUGGCUGGUGCUCAGGAGUUCUUCGCAAACGCUGGCUUCCCCUGCCCGACGAUGAGGAACCCGUCCGAUCAUUACUUGCGCACUAUCAACUCGGACUUUGAUAAUGUGCACACGAUUCUCCAAGGCGGAGGUAGCCAGCGGCAGGACAUCGAGAAUAGUUAUUCGAGCUUCAGCAAUCCCAUGGCGAAGAUGACAACUGCUGAGCAGGUCAAGAUCCUGGUGCACUUGUUCGAAACGUCCGACGAGAAGCGCGCUGUAAGCAUGCGAAUUGAAGAGCUGAAAAAUGAGGGCGGCCGAGUGUUGGCCUCUAGAGGAAGCGAUGCUGCCUUCUUGACACAAUGUUGGGUGCUGACAAAGAGAUCUGUCGUCAAUAUGAGACGGGAUUGGGGAUAUUACUGGCUGAGACUGGUGAUGUACAUAAUGCUAUCUAUCUGUAUCGGAACAAUCUACUAUAAAGUCGGCAAAAACUACACUUCCAUCAUGGCAAGAGCGGCGUGCAUAUCGUACGUGGCGGGGUUUCUGACAUUCAUGUCAAUUGGAGGAUUUCCUUCGUUUGUUGAGGACAUGAAGGUGUUCGGUAGAGAGAGAAUGAAUGGGCAUUACGGCGUGGCGGCCUUCGCCAUCGGCAACACUCUGUCUUCUCUGCCGUUCUUAUUUCUUAUUUCCGUUGCGUCGACGAUGAUCGUUUACUUCCUGGUCGGCCUUCACCCUGGCAUCACUCAUGUGAUUUACUUCCUGCUGGCCCUAUUCGCCUGCCUCGUCGUCGUGGAGAGUUUGAUGAUGGCGGUGGCUAGCCUCGUUCCCAACUUUCUCAUGGGCAUCAUCACCGGGGCUGGAAUCCAGGGCAUUUUCCUCCUGGUGUCGGGCUUCUUCCGACUCCCCAACGAUUUGCCAAAGUAUUUCUGGAGGUAUCCGAUGAUGUACUUCGGAUUCCACAUGUAUGCGCUGCAGGGGAUGUACGAAAAUGAUUUCACUGGGCUGACAUUCGCUAACACCAACCCCUCUCUGCCUCGAAUCACGGGAGAAGAAAUUUUGGUCGAUCACUAUCAAAUUACAGUGUCCCGAAGCAAGUGGUGGAACCUCUCGGUCCUGUUCCUCAUGGCCGUCGGCUACAGAGUUAUUUUCUACGUCCUAAUCAGGAUAAACGAGACAUACGUUCCUCUGGCUCGAGCUUACUUCUACAGGAAAUUCCACAGUUUCAGGAGGAACAACAACGCCACCACAACCAGCAUUUCUCCCGAGGAAUAGACAGAAUAGCCAUCAUCCACGACAAUCAAGCCUCCCUUGAGAUCUGACAGAAGGUUUUGUGCAUGUACAUAAUCGAUCUCCCCCAGACAUUAGGAUCAUUCAUUGCAGAAGAAUAUUUGGCUGAGCCCCGUGUAGGGCUCAUGUCAGUCAAGCGUGGCAGUUUUUCACUGUGUCUUCUUGCGCCGCGGACCGGCUGCCUGUCAAUGCUUUGACAUGUUCUUGACCACGAAGAAAGGUCUUGACCGACCCUUGUCCGAAAUAUGUCCGGUUUUUGUCCGGGUUAAUUUAGUUUGCCGGCGGUGUGGCAUCAGAAGCUCAGAAAAAGUCCAGACAGAGGGCACGUAACGUCAAAAUCCCAGAAAUGGCAGUCGGACACAUCAAACGUAGAUUCAUUUCAGCGUGUAUAUAGUGUUUAGAUCCAAGAAGUUACACAAUUCUCUUCUGAUCACGCAAUAAAGAGCU